CCGCCUUUUCCUGUCAAGUUAGUUUGAGGUGUGUUCGGUAUUUGUGUUAGAUGAUUCGGAUAACAGUGCCGUUGGCUUUGAUUACAGUAAAAAAAGAAAGUUUGAAUGCAAUUAUUUCAUAUUCCGACGAGUUACAGUGUAACGCGGUACGCCAGAUGACCUUAUUUUGCUCAGUAAAUCCUUUGGAUGCCACAAAAAGGUGGACAUACAACCAUCGCGAGCUCAAUGAGUAAUGAACCCAUUCUGGAGCAUGUCGACAAACGCUGGUCGAAAGAGAUCUGACAGUGAAGAGCAAAGUGGUCAGGGGGAGCAGAGAUCCAGUCCAGCUCGUCCUCCACUUGGCAAGAAGCAGCUUCCCUCCAUACCAAAGAAUGCAGUCCCUAUCACUAAAGCCGCCUCACCAGCCUCCUCUACACAGUCAGCCAAUGGCACACAUGCCUCAUAUGGGCCUUUCUACCUGGAGUACUCGCUGCUAGCGGAGUUCACAUUGGUGAUCAAGCAGAAGCUCCCUGGCAUCUAUGUACAGCCUUCAUACAGAUCAGCAUUGAUGUGGUUUGGUGUCAUUUUCAUCCGACAUGGCUUGUACCAGGAUGGUGUGUUUAAGUUUACCGUGUACAUCCCUGAUAACUACCCAGAUGGAGACUGUCCUAGGGUGGUUUUCGACACACCAGUUUUCCACCCAUUAGUUGACCCGGUCUCUGGUGAGCUUGACGUGAGGAGAGCUUUCACCAAAUGGAGACGAAACCACAACCAUAUCUGGCAGGUUCUAAUGUAUGCACGAACAAUCUUCUACAAGAUCAACACCAUGGAUCCACUAAACCCAGAAGCUGCUGUGCUGUAUGACAAAGACAUCCAGCUUUUCAAAAGCAAGGUUGUAGACAAUGUGAAGUUAUGCAAUAGCCACCUGUUUGACCAGCCCAAGAUGGAUGAUCCUUAUGCAAUAAGUUUCUCCCCAUGGAAUCCAGUGGUGCAUGAAGAGGCAAAAGAGAAGAUGUUUGCACAUAAAAGAUGGCCUGAGGAUUACAAAGGAUUGCCGGUGUCUGGGCUGUCUUGGGUGAAGACUGGUUCCACUCAGCCUUUCAGCAAAGAGGACAACCCCCUUCAGACAUGAACCUUCAGUACCUCUGUCUGUCCACCAGGAGGGGUGCUACACUUUUGUUGCUGUGCUGAACCAUAUAAAUUUAAUUCUGAUGCAGUUCUGUGAACUUCAUUUGCAACACUCACUCAGCUUUAAAAGAAAUGUAUUUUAAACCAUUAAAACGGCCCGAACUAUAAAAUUUUUCCAGUAUAUAUAUAUAAUGACUCCAUUCAUUUCGAUGCCGAGGCUUGAACAAAGUCAGACGGCACAGAGCUUGUUCUAGUCAGUACUGUACCUUGCACACGUUAAUGUUUUCAGGCACAACAAACCACCUCACUUGUUUGUGUACACUCAAAAAAUAUAUAUAUUUAAAAUUAAUAUUUACGCAUUUCAAUUUAACAAGAAUUCCACCAAAUUGAAUAAUCUUUAAUAAUAAAAACAAACUAUAAAGUUUUUUUGUUUUGUUGAACACUACACAAUUUGAUGUAAUUUUAUGAAAUUGGAAUGAAAUGUGUAAAUCUUAAAUAUUUGUGUGUGUGUAGGUCAUAAAUAUGCCUUUUUUUUUUUUUUUUGCUAAUGAUUUCAAAUUUAUUUCCUUUUACAUUGGUUUUCCUUUCCCUACCAUCUUUGUUAAUGAUUUUAGAUUGGGACAGAACACUUUGUCUAUGUAUUUUGGUUUGUUUUAUUUUAAAUAUUGUGUAAUAAAAGUCCUGUGUAUGUAAUGGUUGUAAUUUAAAAUGCUGCACAAGACAAAUACUAUUCAUUAAGACCAAGUUCAUCUUUAAUGUUCAGUAAUGUAAUUCACUUUGAAUGUGUUCUAAUGGCUCAGUCUUAAAGAGUUUGUGUUAAUAGUGGAGCAGUUCAAUUAAGUGAGUGGCCUCUUUAGCAGAGUCCACAACUCCCUCCAUUUAUAUAUGUUGGUAUGUAUGUUGGUAUAUAAUCUUUUUAUUAUUUUUUUAUUUUUAUUAGAAGUAGUAGUAUUUUUAUCUUUUUAAUUUUUAUUUUGGGCGGUUUCAGUGAGCAUGCUGAUGUGAGCUCUGCUGUAUAAGCAAUUGAAGUUUUUAAAUAAUAAAAAAUUAAAUCUGUUUAAGGCAAUGGUGACUGAGGCUAAUAAGAAGUUAAUAUGGGUUUGAAACAACAUGUGAGGGUGUGAUAAUUAGAUUAUCUUUUUUUGGGGGUGGGGGCGGUGUACUAUCCUUUAGAACAACAACAAAAAUAAAUAAUAA